AUGGCGUUCUUGUUUGCCCAACCUGUGGAUAUCGACAUCAAGCUCGAGAACGAAGAAGCGAGGAAAUUGGUAGAUACAAAGAUAGACAAGGAAAGGACCCAAUCAUGUCCAGUAUACUAUGACGGAGAGUCGGUUGUUGGUCAGGUAACGGUGAGAGUCCGAGAUGGGCGUAAACUUGUGCACGAUGGGAUAAAGGUGGAAUUUGUUGGCUGCAUUGAGCUGUUCUAUGACCGUGGAAAUCAUCACGAAUUCCUGUCGCUGUCUCAGGAACUUGCUGCUCCGGGAGAAAUGCGACAAGCACAAACCUUUGACUUUAGUUUCAAGAAUGUCGAAAAGCAGUAUGAAAGUUACCAGGGCAUCAACGUAAAGCUGCGAUAUUUCGUGCGGGUCACGUUGUCGCGCCGAAUGGCAGAUGUCACCAAGGAGCGCGAUGUUUGGGUCCAUUCGUACCGAAUGCCUCCCGACAGCAAUAAUUCAAUCAAGAUGGAAGUCGGUAUCGAAGAUUGUUUACAUAUUGAGUUUGAAUACAACAAAUCCAAGUACCAUCUCAAGGAUGUAAUUGUUGGCAAGAUCUACUUCCUACUAGUUCGGAUCAAAAUCAAACAUAUGGAACUCUCGAUCAUCCGCCGAGAAACUACUGGUGCUGCGCCUAAUCAAUACAACGAGAGUGAGACCAUCACGAAAUUCGAGAUUAUGGAUGGUGCGCCAGUCCGGGGUGAAACUAUCCCAAUACGGCUGUUCCUGGGCGGAUUUGAGCUUACUCCUACUUUCCGCGACGUGAACAAGAAAUUCAGCACACGGUACUAUCUCAAUUUGGUGCUUAUUGAUGAAGAAAAUAGGCGUUACUUCAAACAGCAAGUGAUAACUCAGCCUGCUGCACUAUUCCUCCCGUUGCAUGCAACUGACUAUAAGCCCAAGGGGACAUUUGAGACUAUCAACGGUAUUUCGACGUAUGUGAUUGGCGAUAAAUCGUCCAAAAAGGCCAUUGUGGUUGUAAUGGAUGUCUUUGGUAUGGUCCCCUUGACCCAACAGGGGUGUGACAUACUUGCUAGCCAAGGAUUCUACGUACUUAUGCCGGAUUAUUUGGGUGAUCAAGCCCUUGGGGAUGGGGACAUCCCAUUCAACACCCCGGAGAAGAUCGAGAAGCGUAACAAAUUAUUCUCUGGAGUGGGGAAUCCCCAAACGCGGGCCGUUGACCUUGUGAAGCUCGGAGAAAAGCUCAAAUCCGAAGGAUUUACGGUUGGGAGCAUAGGCUACUGCUGGGGAGGCAAGCUCAUUAUGAUCGCUGGUGCAAGUGAUGCAUUUGCAGCGGUUGCCGGUUUCGUGCGAUUUAGGCUUCUAGCGCCUGAGGAUGCAGCGAAUUGUAAGGCUGCAAUUGGCCUUUACCCAACUAAGGAUGAGGACCCCACUGCCAUGGAACCGUUCGUCAAGAUCGCGAAAGACUACAAGUUGUAUUCUAGCGUUCACCAUGGAUUCGCGGCAGCUCGCGCCCGACUAGAUGAUCCCCAUCACAAAGCAGAGUAUGAAGAUGUCUUCAGGAGAUUGUCGGCUUUCUUCAAGAAACAUCUUGCGUCAGCCAAACUUUGA